GCAGUGCACUUGAUCCAUUUGCCACAGCGACUCGCCACCAUGCCCAGCAUCACCAGCAGCAGUUCGUCUCAGCGCCGGAUUUCCACCCGGGCGGUGCCCAGCUUCUCCAGCAGAUCAGUCCAGAGCAACUCCUGGACUCGGGGCCCCUCUAGCUCCAGGAGCUCGGUGAGCCUCUUGGGCAGCUCCCUGAGAGCGGCCACUGCCUCCAGCCCCGUGCUGUCCGGCGGCACGAUGGGCUCCAGCGAGAAGCAGACCCUGCAGGGUCUUAAUUCCCGCCUGGCCAUCUACCUGGAGAAUGUCAGCUCCCUGGAGAACAGCAACCGGGAGCUGGAGCUCAAGAUCAAAGCUUUGCUCGAAGAGAGAAAACCUGUUUCCAGGGACAUCAACCCAAUGUUAGCACAGGCACAUGCCCUGAAUAAACAGAUCCAGGAUCUCACAAUGCAGAAUGCUGUUCUGGUACUACAAAUAGACAAUGCAAGACUGAGCGCUGAAGACUUUAAAAUGAAGGCGGAGUCGGAAGCUUCCGUUCGUCAAACUGUGGAGAGCGAUAUCGACCGCAUGAGGCGCAUCAAGAUGGAAUACGACGACAGUUGCAUCACCCUGAGAAACGAAGGGGAGAUGCUCACCGAGGAACUUCACUUCCUGAAAAAGAAUCACCAGGAGGAGUUGAGAGGUGUCAAAUCACAGAUUAAUAAUAAUAAUAUCACAGUGGAGAUGGACUGUGUGAAGCAAGAUGACCUUACUCAACAUCUUGAAGAGAUGAGGAAGCAGUAUGAGGAAAUGAUGAACCAAAACAAAAAAGAUGCAGAAUUGUGGUUUGAAUCCCAGAUGGAAACAAUCACCAAAUCAGUAAAGCAGACCAACAAAGAGAUUGAGGGAGCUGAGGUGGAACUCCAGAAUAAGCAAAAAAUAUUGCAAUCCCUGGAGAUAGAGCUUGAAAUCCUUAGGGGACAGAAUAUGGGACUGGAAAAUAUAUUGCUGGACACUGAGCAAAGAUAUAAAGUGGACUUCAGUAACAUGCACACAACUGUCUCCAAGUUGGAAACUGAUUUGUUCAAUGUGCGGAAUGAUAUAGUGCUGAACAAGGAAAAAUAUGAUUCUCUUAUGCAAGCCAAACUGACUCUGGAUGCAGAGCUUGCUGAGUACAGGCGUUUACUUAACGGGGAAACAAGCAGAAAGGUUAUUCAUGUUCCUCCUCCACGUUCACCCUCUCCUCCUCCUCCUGAAGUCACAACAAGGAAAAUUGUCAAAGUCAUCACAACUACAUUAGUUGAUGGCAAGGUGGUUGAUGAAUCGAGUGAAGUUGAAGAAAUUAGUGAGAAAAAGCAUGCAUAGAAAAUGCUCUAACAUGUAAAAUCAAUGAACUUGUGAAGUGUUAUGCAUCAUAAGGAAACUGUUACUGGGUAUAAUGGGUAUCUGAAAUAAUGAACUACUAUAGUAACCUUGUAUAAAGAAUUUGAAGUUUCUACUUCAACAGUUAUAUUCAAUUAUAUAAUGUCUAAUAAAGAUCAUAUUUCAUGUC